GAACAGAUUCAGGCCUGGGAGCCAAUCAUGGCACUGCAAAGACUUCCUGGAUGGCUGGAUGCUGUGGCCUGUGGGCUCCUGUUUUUCCUCCUCCAUGUGAAAGGUCACGACUCAUCAGAGGCCAGCCCCAUCAGAAAUACACACACAGGCCAGGUCCGAGGCAAGUUUGUCCACUUGAAAGACAUCAAAGCUGAUGUCCAUACCUUCCUGGGAAUUCCCUUUGCCAAGCCACCUGUAGGACCACUGCGCUUUGCACCUCCUGAGGCCCCUGAGCCAUGGAGUGGUGUGUGGGAUGGAACCUCAGAGCCAGCCAAGUGUCUACAAAACGAUGAUAUAAUGAAUGUAGAUGGCCUGAAGACAAUAAAGAUGGUCAUGCCUCCCUUCUCUAUGUCUGAGGACUGCCUGUAUCUCAACGUCUAUGCACCAGCCCAUGCCAAUGAGAGUUCUAAUUUGCCUGUGAUGGUAUGGCUCCAUGGUGGUGCACUAAUUAUGGGCAUGGCUUCCAUGCAUGAUGGAUCCAGGCUGGCAGCCAUUGAGGAUGUUGUGGUGGUCACUACCCAGUACCGCCUGGGAAUCCUGGGCUUUUACAGCACUGGAGAUGAGCAUGCCAGAGGCAACUGGGGAUUCUUAGACCAAAAUGCUGCCCUACGCUGGGUCCAGCAGAACAUCGCCAACUUUGGAGGCAACCCUGACUCUGUCACACUUUUUGGCCAGUCAGCAGGUGGCACAAGUGUGUCUUUCCAUGUCUUGUCCCCCAUGUCCCAAGGACUCUUCCAUAGAGCCAUCAUGGAGAGUGGGGUGGCCCUGCUACCUAUCUUUAUAUCUAACUCCACUGAGAUGAUCUUCACAGAACAGGCACCCACUUGGAACUGGAAAGAUACUCUUCUCUCAUGCCAACUCCCAUUACAGAAGGUGGAAAAUCUAUCUGGUUGUGAAACUUCGAACUCAGAAGCCCUGGUGCACUGCCUUCGAAGCAAGAGUGAAGCAGAAAUUCUGGCUAUUAACAAGGCCUUCAGGUUCAUGCCUGCCGUGGUGGAUGGGAAAUUCCUACCCAGACAUCCCAAGGAGUUGCUGGCCUCAGCUGACUUUCACCCUGUCCCCAGCAUUAUUGGUGUCAACAAUAAUGAGUAUGGCUGGCUUCUCCCUACGGUCUUCAGAUUUUAUCCGACAAUAAAGAAAUUAACCAGAAGGAACUUGCAAGCUAUUAUGAAGAUCACAACAGAGCAGAUGAUGCUGCCUCCUGAGUGUGGUGCCCUGCUAAUAGAAGAGUACCUAAGAGACACUAAGGACCCCUGGACCCUCCAAAUGCAAUUCAUAGAAAUGAUAGGGGACUUCCUAAUCAUAAUCCCUGCACUCCAAGUAGCAUGUUUUCAGCGUUACCAUGCUCCUGUCUACUUCUAUGAGUUCCAGCACAGGUCCAGUUUUCUCAAGUAUUUCAGGCCAUCUCAUGUAAAGGCUGACCAUGGUGAUGAGCUUUACCUUAUCUUUGGAUCCUUCUUCUGGGGCACCAAAUUUGACUUCACUGCAGAGGAGAAGGUGCUGAGCAGGAAGAUGAUGAAGUACUGGGCCAACUUUGCACGACAUGGGAACCCCAACAGCGAGGGUCUACCCUAUUGGCCAGUGUCAAACCAAGAUGAGCUAUACCUGCAACUGGACAUCCACCCUUCUGUGGGCCAUGCCCUGAAGGCCAGAAGGCUGCCAUUCUGGACCAAGACUCUUCCCCAGAAGAUCCAGGAGCUAAAAGGAGUUCAUGAUAAAACCGAGGCUGUAUCAUGCCCAGGAGAGGUGUUUGUAGACAGUACGACGCUCACAUUUGCAUAAACAUAUAACACCUGUGAAGAUCUACUGCUAUUGUGUGUCUCAUGGGUGUGAAGUGGAGGAGGUAGAAAUGUGCAGACAUGUCUAGCAGAAGACACUCCUGUCCCUGGAACCCUGACUGAUGGCUUCACCAUGUAUAUGUGUCUUCUUGUUUUAAAGAAAUCGUCCUGUAGCAUCCUGGACUCUUCUUGACAGUCCAUGUGAUUAAUUUUCAUUCUUUUUUAUUGGAUAUUUUCUUUAUUUAAAUUUCAAAUGUUAUCCCCUCUCCAGGACCCCCCUCUAUACUAUCCCA